UCGACCCUCCCCAAGAAGCGGCGAGUGGAAGCAGGUGGGGGCGGAGGCUGCCGCCGCGACGUUUCUUUGCUUCUAGUUUAGCCUGCUAAUGCUGCGGGAGAUUCCCGGUGGCCGGACGGAGGAGAAGAAGCGAGGGGGGAAAGGAUCUGCAGAGCCAUGGAACCGCGGGGGAUGCUGCAGGUUAUUCUCUUCUGGUUCAACCUAGCUGCUGCUUCUAUUGGUGAUGAACAGUGUAGAAAUAUUUCUUCUGCCAACAAUAUUACUGGUCCUCAGUGCAAUGCCUUAGUGGAUCUAAUUGGGACAUGUUGGCCACGCAGCCCUGUGGGACAACUGAUAGCGCGUCCCUGCCCUGAGUAUUUCUCUGGAGUGCGAUAUAAUACCUCAAACAAUGUGUACAGAGAAUGUUUUGCAAAUGGAACCUGGGCAGCCCGUGUGAAUUAUUCUCAGUGCCAAGAGAUUCUCCAUGAGGAGAAGAGAAGCAAACUGCAUUAUCACAUUGCUGUUGUGAUUAAUUACCUUGGGCACUGCAUUUCUUUGGGGGCAUUGCUGGCAGCUUUUGUCCUCUUCAUGCGACUUCGGAGUAUACGAUGCUUACGAAAUAUUAUCCACUGGAACCUGAUCACUGCUUUCAUCUUGCGGAACGCAACAUGGUUUGUGGUACAACUCACCAUGAAUCCAGAAGUGCAUGAAAGCAAUGUGCUAUGGUGCCGCCUUGUCACAGCUGCUUACAACUAUUUCCAUGUCACUAACUUCUUCUGGAUGUUUGGUGAAGGAUGCUAUCUGCACACUGCUAUUGUUCUCACCUAUUCAACAGACAAGCUGCGGAAGUGGAUGUUCAUCUGUCUCGGCUGGUGCAUCCCUUUCCCCAUCAUUGUUGCCUGGGCUAUUGGAAAACUCUACUAUGACAACGAGAAGUGCUGGUUUGGGAAGCGUGCAGGAGUUUUCACUGAUUACAUCUAUCAAGGUCCAAUGAUACUGGUGCUGCUGAUCAAUUUUAUUUUUUUAUUCAAUAUUGUCAGAAUCCUGAUGACCAAGCUUCGGGCUUCGACUACCUCAGAGACCAUCCAGUACAGGAAAGCGGUGAAGGCCACCCUUGUGCUCCUUCCAUUAUUAGGAAUAACCUACAUGCUUUUCUUCGUUAACCCUGGAGAAGAUGAAAUAUCCAGGAUAGUCUUCAUUUACUUCAACUCCCUUUUGGAGUCCUUCCAGGGCUUUUUUGUCUCUGUUUUCUACUGUUUCCUGAACAGUGAGGUCCGUUCUGCAGUACGAAAGAGAUGGCACCGAUGGCAGGACAAACACUCCAUCCGUGCCCGAGUAGCAAGGGCCAUGUCCAUUCCUACAUCCCCAACUCGUGUCAGUUUCCACAGCAUCAAGCAAUCAACUGCUCUCUGAGAACCAAAGUUUAGGGAGAAAAUUUUUACUGCCUUUCCUAAAUUAAGGUUUAGGAAAGGCCAAGAGAUUUUGUCCGCAUUUUGCAGACAUUUUAUGGUAGAAACUGUUUGCAUUGGAAGGGAAUCUUUGUGAAAUUGGAACUGCAAGUCUUGGCAAACCAAGUGGCUUUGAAACAAGGGGAACUCCAAGGCCUACAACCACAACGUUCCAUCCAAAAAAUUUAAAAAAAAAAUGUUAUGGCCUAUUUCAUUUUCUAAUACACCUGAAGACUUUUGCUCUAUUUGCUUACUGGUUUGGAAGAUGUUUUAUCUAUCACAAGUGCUGCAGAAAGAAUGUUAGCAGAUUAUCCCCAAUUGGAAUUGGUGAGCAAUAAGCAAAACCAAAUACAUCAAGAUUAAACUUGGGAUACCGUCUCACAUGGUGCACAUAAAAGGCUUUUUUAAAAACGACUUAUGAGUUCAUUAAGAUAAUGUCCAAUACAAGGCAAAGGCACAAAUCUCACAUUCAGGACCAUGUAUCUGAUUCUGUGGAAUAAAUAGAACUGCCGGACACUGCCGUUAUAUAAACUCCCUUAGUGAAUAUCCUUAGGACAGCUAUUUGACUUCUAUAUGAAGAUUUAGGUGGUAAGUAAGAGAAAGUAGAGCUGUUCCCAUGUUUUUCCUCAUCUAAAUCUGCUGCAGGUGAUGCCAAAGAUCUGAAACCUGGUGGACACUCAUUCAAGAUGAUGACUAACCUACUUGUUCCAUGAUCCAGAUAAUAUUACCUGAUUUUCACCAUAGACAGCCUAUUUGAGCCCAAAAUGGAGUGGGACAAUAAUGCAUUCCUUUUGGUAUCUCUUAAUAAAGAAUAGUACUAUCCUUUA